CCUGCCCCAGGCCCACCUCCGCGCUGGAUUCUUAAAGGGCCCGCGGGCCGGGGUGGGGAGGGGGCGGGGCGGAGCAGCAGAGGCGCGGAGCCUGGGCUGCGCCUGGGCUAGCGGCCGGAGCGGGCCGGGCUAGGCCGGGGAUGGCAGUGGCCAUGGCGUGGGUCCCGGCAGCGCCCCGCGCGAGUUCCUGAGCUGGUGCCAGGCAGGUGACACCGUUUUCCUGUAGCCCCCAGCAUGUGGGCAGGCUUGGGCCCUGCCAUCACACUGGCUGUGGUGUGGGCGGCGGCAUGGGCCACCCAGCUCAAGCCCACAGCGCCACCCAUCUUUACAGGCCGACCCUUUGUGGUAGCAUGGGACGUGCCCACACAAGAUUGUGGCCCUCGCCUCAAGGUGCCACUGGACCUAAAGGCCUUUGAUGUACAGGCCUCACCUAAUGAGGGUUUUGUGAACCAGAACAUCACCAUUUUCUACCAUGACCGGCUGGGCCUGUAUCCCCGCUUCAGUUCAGUGGGGAGGUCAGUGCACGGUGGCGUGCCACAGAAUGGCAGCCUCUGGGCACAUCUGAAGAUGCUGCAGGAACACGUGGAGCACUACAUUCGUACACAGGAGCCUGCAGGGCUGGCAGUUAUCGACUGGGAGGACUGGCGGCCUGUGUGGGUGCGCAACUGGCAGGACAAGGACAUAUACCGUCAAUCAUCACGCCAGUUGGUGGCUGUUCGCCACCCUGACUGGCCAUCAGAUCGUGUAGUCAAGCAGGCGCAAUACGAGUUUGAAUUCGCUGCACGGCAGUUCAUGCUGGAGACACUGCGCUUUGUCAAGGCAGUUCGACCUCGGCACCUCUGGGGCUUCUACCUCUUCCCAGACUGUUAUAACCAUGAUUAUGUGCAGAACUGGGAGACCUAUACAGGCCGCUGCCCUGACGUUGAGGUCUCCCGAAAUGACCAGCUGGCCUGGCUGUGGGCAGAGAGCACAGCCCUCUUCCCCUCUGUCUACCUGGACGAGACACUUGCGUCCUCCACCCACGGCCGCAACUUUGUCAGCUUCCGUGUUCAGGAGGCCCUUCGUGUGGCUCACACCCACCACCCCAACCACGCACUCCCGGUCUACGUCUUCACGCGACCCACCUAUAGUCGCAAGCUCACGGGGCUUAGUGAGAUGGAUCUCAUCUCCACCAUUGGUGAGAGUGCAGCCCUGGGUGCGGCCGGUGUCAUCCUCUGGGGCGAUGCAGGCUACACCACCAGCACGGAGACCUGCCAGUACCUCAAGGAUUACCUGACGCGGCUGCUGGUCCCCUACGUAGUCAACGUGUCCUGGGCUGCCCAGUAUUGCAGCCGGGCCCAGUGCCAUGGCCAUGGGCGCUGUGUGCGUCGCGACCCCAGCGCCAAUACCUUCCUGCACCUCAGUGCCAGCAGCUUCCGCUUGGUGCCUAGCCAUGUACCUGGUGAGCCGCAGCUGCGACCAGAGGGGGAGCUCAGCUGGGCUGAUCUCAACCACCUGCAGACGCACUUUCGCUGCCAGUGCUACUUAGGUUGGGGCGGUGAGCAAUGCCAGUGGGACCACACACGGGCAGCUGGGGGUGCCAGUGGGGCCUGGGCUGGGUCCCACCUCACUGGCCCACUGGCUGUGGCAGCCCUGGCCCUCACCUGGACUUUAUAGGGGUCUCUCACCCGGCUGCCAAACAAGCUGGCCUCUGCCACAAUGGCUCUGCCAGGCACAUAGGAGCCUGCAAGGGGUGGACAAACUGGAGUUUGGAGGGGGCAGAGCCCCUGGGAUGCCCAGUAGAGCAUCCAUACCAGCUCUCACCCCCCUGUUCUAAGGGGGAGGGGCAGUUCCCCAAAAGGUCCCUUCUCUCCCUGCCAGAGAGGAAGAGGGACACAGCCGGGCCAGAGAGGACCUGACCCUACUCUCCUGCCCCUGGAUGGUUUAUUAUUAUUAUUUUGGGGUCUCUUUUGUAAAUUAAAUAUAAAACAGUUUCUUCUGUGCUUGGACUGUCUGCAACUAGGCCAGGACAUGUGAAAGAGAAUCCAGGGUCUCUCAGACUCUCUGCUGGGGACUUCUUAUCUGUCAAAUGCCAUCUGUGGGACCUGGAGGCCCAGAGCUGUCCAUUCCGCUGUUGCCUGAUGGGGCAGGGGCCAGUGGGACUAGAGGGACUCACAUUCCACCCCAACACCAAGGACCUUGCUUUCUCCAUAUUGAUUGGAAAGUGGUUGGGCCUAACCUUCUGUGAGGGACCGGGCUCAUUGUGUUUCUCCUACUUGCCCCUGGAUCCCCAGCUGGGCCAGUGCCAGUCACCUCGCCUUGCCCACCCAGGGAGAAAGGGGAAGUGGAUGUUUGAUCUUCCCAGGCUGGGCAAGUAGCCAGACCACCCCUCCCUGCUGUUCCCACAGGCAAGGGCGUCUCCUCCACUCCCUGCUCCCAAGGGCAGUAGACUCCAGCCACACAGCCCUCUCUCCAGCUGGGUCACAGUCCUCCACUGGGGUUUGGGAUCUGAACGCCAAGGUCUCAUCCCUGUCCCACUGCAAAGAUGCAUGAUGGGGCCAGAGGGAGGUAUCUUGAGCCUGGGAGCAGAGACAACCUCAAAGAUCACUUCUGUCCCGGCCGUGGGAAGUAUAGCCUGUCCUCAGCUGUCCCAAGGGAGACAAGUAGCAGCUGGAGCAGUCGGACUGGCUCUGGACUGCUUUACUACCCUGCUUCUGAAGGAAGUUACCUGGUGUGUCUCUGCCCUUCUCCUCAGCCAUCAAACCCACACCUGAAGGUCCCCUUGUCCAUAUCGGUGAUGACACAGCCCCUGUCCUCAACAAACACUGGCUGUGGAGAGAAACAGCCAAGUGGUGAAGAGGGGGCGCGGGCAGCCCAGCCACAAGGGAGAUAUCCGUGAGGUAGUCCUUCCUACACUGAGUUGAAAAGGGAAGAGGAAGCUUGAUGCGAGAGACAAAGCAUGGGCAAAAUCUGGAGGAAGUCAGAACACAACUGGGACUCACAGUUUGAGGCUAGGGGCUACAGCAGGCAGGGCAGGAGGGGCAGCCCAAGAGCAGCACUAAGCCUGACUUUGCCUGACGGCAGUGACUCCCUUACCCAUUCAGUAAAUAAUGCACACAUGUGCCGGUGCUGGGCUGGGAUGCAUGUGUGAGGCACACCACAAAGAGCCCUGUCUCCAUGGGGAUGCACACUAGAUGCAAAGGCUGAGUCAGAAGUGGUCAUGGGAGCAGAGCCUGGAGAAGCGAGCCCCACCAAAUUGAUGUCAACUCAGGUUGUAAAGUGAUCCCUUAUCCCUCUGGCCGGUGAUGGCAGAGAAUGAGGGAAAGGGGUUCGGUGGUAAUUCAGGGAAGGCAAUGUCAGUUCACAUGGUGGAGGAGGACGCUGGGGCGGAAGGGUGCCCAGAUGUUCAUGGCUAUGGUGGGGAGAGGUCUGCUAGACAGAAGAUGAAGGUAUUGUCAAUAAGGUCGUGAGAUAAUGGAGCCAAUAAAAAGAGGGCAAAGAA